AUGGAGAAGCAUAAUCUCACAGUGAUGAGAGAAUUCAUUCUGAUGGGCAUCACAGAUCGUCCUAAGCUGCAGGCUCCAUUAUUUGUUUUGUUCCUCAUCAUCUAUGUGAUCUCAGUGGUGGGAAAUUUGGGCAUGAUCAUCCUCACCAUGGUGGACUCCAGGCUGCAGACCCCAAUGUACUUUUUUCUCAGACACCUGGCUCUCACAGAUCUUGGUUACUCUACAGCUGUGGGACCCAAAAUGUUGUUGAAUUUUGUUGUAGAUCAAAAUACAAUCUCCUAUUGUUUUUGUGCUACACAGCUAUCUUUCUUUCUUGUGUUCAUUGGUAGUGAGCUUUUUAUUCUGUCUGCAAUGUCCUACGACCGCUAUGUGGCCAUCUGUAACCCACUGCUCUACACAGUUAUCAUGUCACAAAGAUUAUGUUGGGUACAGGUGAUAAGCCCCUAUCUCUACUGCACGUUUAUUUCUCUACUGAUCACCGUAAAGAUUUUCACUUUACCCUUCUGUGGCAACAAUGUCAUCAAUCAUUUUUUUUGUGACUGUCUCCCCUUGAUAUCCUUGCUCUGCUCUAACACUAAGGAAAUAGAAUUUAUCAUUAUGAUUUUUGCAGCAUUUGAUCUGAUUGUCUCUCUUCUGAUAGUUCUUGUAUCCUACUUGCUCAUCUUUAUAGCUAUUCUCAGGAUGAACUCUGCAGAAGGCAGACACAAGGCUUUCUCUACCUGUGGGUCUCACCUGACUGUGGUCAUUGUCUUCUAUGGGACUUUGAUAUCUAUGUAUGUGCAGCCCAAGUCCAGUCACUCCACUGAUACUGAUAAAGUGUCCUCCAUAUUUUAUACCCUGAUCAUUCCAAUGUUGAAUCCCUUGAUCUAUAGCUUGAGAAACAAAGAUGUAAAAUAUGCUCUAAAAAGGACAUGGGAAAAUAAAUGCUACAUUUUUUCUUAA